GUGAACCGUCCGAUUUCAACUAGGGACGUCGAAAUUCAUAGUAUUGUAUAUUUUUUUACUAAUCUACGACACCUCAAACCACUUUCUCCACCGUAUCGCUCCUUUCCAUCCUUCCUUUCGCUUUUCGGUCAUCCAUGGCGGCAUCUCGGCGUCUCCGGGAGCUGCAAUCCCAACCCGGCAACAAGAUCUGCGUCGAUUGCUCUCAGAAGAAUCCACAGUGGGCUUCAGUCUCCUACGGCAUCUUCAUGUGCCUUGAGUGCUCCGGCAAGCACCGUGGCCUCGGAGUCCACAUCUCGUUCGUCCGAUCUGUCACCAUGGAUGCCUGGUCCGAAAUCCAAAUCAAAAAAAUGGAAGCCGGUGGUAACGACAGUCUCAACGCUUUCCUUGCACGAUAUUCAAUUCCGAAGGAAACCGAUAUCGUCACUAAGUAUAACACCAACGCCGCUUCCAUUUAUCGUGAUAGGAUCCAGGCGAUUGCGGAAGGACGUUCGUGGCGCGAUCCGCCUGUUGUUAAGGAGAAUAUUGGUUCCGGAAGUAAGGGGAGGCCGCCGAUGUCACAGACUCGCCGGAGUAAUGAUUCCGGAUGGGAUGAUUGGGAUAGAGAAGGAAAUUCUGGAAGUUCUGUUGAUGUGAGGAGUAAGUCGACUGGGGACUUCAGAAGCUUGAACGGUGGUGGUGCGCCGGCGAGAUCGAGGUCGACAGAGGAUAUUUACACAAGGUCACAGUUGGAGGCGUCUGCGGCGAAUAAGGAGGGUUUCUUCGCGAAGAGGAUGGCGGAGAAUGAGUCGCGGCCGGAAGGACUUCCGCCAUCACAGGGUGGGAAGUAUGUUGGAUUUGGAUCCAGUCCUGCUCCUUCUUCGCAAAGGAGUAAUCCGCAAAACGACUAUUUCUCUGUCGUUUCUCAGGGGAUUGGUAAGUUAUCACUGGUUGCUGCUUCUGCUGCUAAUGUUGUUCAGGCUGGCAGGAAAGAGAUCACUUCUAAGGUCAAGGAAGGUGGUUAUGAUCAAAAGGUCAACGAAACUGUCACUGUUGUCACUCAAAAGACAUCAGAGAUAGGUCAAAGGACAUGGGGUUUAAUGAAAGGGGUCAUGGCUUUGGCUUCACAGAAGGUUGAGGAGUACACUAAAGAAAACUCAGAUUGGAAGGCUGACAACUGGCAACGGAAUGAGAGUGGUAGAAAUGGCUACUAUCAGGAUUUCAAUCAAGAGAACAAAGGCAGUAAUUCUUCUACUGGAAGAGAACAGUCUUCAUCAGGGCAAUUCAAAACUCACAGUUCAAACUCUUGGGAUGAUUGGGACCAGAAAGAUAGUUUGAAGGUAGAACCAACUAAAGGAUCAGCUCCUUAUUCGUCUGGUAGUCACAAUCCAAGCUCUUGGGAUGAUUGGGACCACAAAGAUUCUAGGAAGGAAGAACCCGCUAAAGGAUCGGCUCCCCAUAAUAAUAACGAUGCUGGUUGGGCUGGCUGGGAUAAUGCCAAAGAUGAUGGAUUUGAUAACUUCUAUGAAGGUGCUUCUAAUAAGAAAACUGUUGGACAUAAUGGGAAAUCAGAUGACGCUUGGACUGGAGGUGGCUUUCUCUAAGGUUUGAUCCAUCCUUAUUACCACUCUCAAGAUUGUACCAUUUGCUACAAAAUAUACUGCAGCGUUCAGAGUGAUGACAUGCAGGCAAAGCAGUGGUGCUUCUUAAACCAAUAUGCAUAUGAAAGGACUGUCAACUGUAACUUAUUAGUACGUUUUUUAUUUUUAAACUCGGACCAUAUGUGCAGAAAGAAUGAUUUUUGAGGUUAGUAUAUUUUCAGCAAGAACUUCUCUAGGUUGCUCUUUGUUUACUUGUAAUUUUUUUUCCUAUGUAACAUUUUGAGAACCUCGGAUGGAAAGAUAGUUUUACUUUUGAUUAGAAGUGUUGAAAGAAAGGGCUAAUUGCCCAAAUCUCAAUUCGUGAGACCUGAAAAUUUUCAGAUUUAUUUCGAAUUUA